AUGAGGGACAUCACUGAGCUGCCCCAGGACCUUUUCCUCCUCGUUGUUCGUUGCCUUCCACCGCAAGACUGUGUGCGCUGCAGCGCCGUCAACCGCCAAUGGAAUACCGUGUUCACGAGCGAGCCGGUUUCACUGUUGCUCCUGCGAUGGAACUUCCCGCGGUGUCGAGAGCUGCGUCUAACGGCUGCAGCAUCGAACCCCCCGCCCCCCCCUGGUCUCCCGAAGAAUGCGCUGGGCGAACUGGAAGAGAUAGCCGCGCAGCCCUGCAACUGGCCCGCAGCCUUCACCAGAGUCGCUCGCCGAUACUUCCAUUUAAGCAGAGGUCGGCCGUGGGUGAUUGAGAAACUGAAACUCGCCCCAAACGGUCGGAAGGGCGACGAUGGUCUUUCUUUCAAAGAGGUUGCACCUUGGAAUCGAUUCCUGCGGCACUCCGGGGCUUCUUACGAGUUUAAUUAUCCGGACCCGGUGUGGUGGUACAGCCAGGAAGACGGUUUGCUCGUGUACCCGCGCGACCCCCACAACGUCAAAGGUGAAUAUAUUUACGUCGUUUUGGAUCUCGCUACCGGCCAGUGGGUCCGUAUCCCUUUCUGGGUUCACGACAGGCACGUCCGUCGAGUUCGUCUUGCUCAGGGGGUUCUCAUCUUUGAGUGGGCAGAGGAGGUGGCUUAUCACCAACUCAACCUGCGAGAAGUCGUGCAUCGCCACUUUGUGACAGCUUACGAUGUCUUCCGCAAGGCCUCCCAGCACUCCCCACCAGGAUGGACUUGGGAUGUUGAAUUCCGUUCAGAGUGGAAGCUACACUUCCUGGGCUUACCGCUAAACCGCUCCGACCGGUUCAUCUCUACUCACACAGCCACCCAUUACGCAGCUUACUUUUGGCAACCCAACCGGUCACUCUACAACGACGACCCCAUUGAGCAGUUGGCGGUGUGGGAUAUAUCCUCGCCUGAUCCUUAUCGGCCUUCGGAGGACACAAAGAGUGCCAACCCACAGCCAUCUGCGGCCCAAGCGCCGCCAUCUUUACCUCCUGGUUUGUGGCAAGGCCAGAACAGCGAUCAUGAAGCUGCUGGGGCUCCAGCCGCCGUAGGGGCAUCACAGACACGCUCACACAAUACCGUCAUCGCCGGCCCACGCAUCGUCCGGCGGAUGGCCUGGGAAGAGCUAGACUUCUAUGGUUUGCGCCAGUGGGUAACGCCGCGGAUUCGGGCUUUGAGUCUAGACAGCCACAACCUGUAUGUGGUAGAAGAAGGCCACCGAUGGGCGGAUGGCCAACACAGCGCGCUGGACCCUCCUCGCGCCCAUCUUGUGCGAACCACAGGGAUUCCGAUGAUUCCGACCCCAACCGUCUUUACCGACGGUGACCAGUCAGCCACAGCUCCGACGAGUAUCAACGAUGGGCCAGUUAACGGGCCCUUUUGGGUUGAUUGGUGCGGCGCGCAUGGGGAUAGUAACAUGUGUUAUUGUUCACGCGUAGCAGAUGCAGAUGGUACCGAGACAACGAGCCCAUCACGACCCAUGUGGCUUGAACCCACCAAUACGAGGCCGCUCAUCGAUGAGACCACAAAUCGGCCACCGAUAUUCUCGCCUUCGGAAGCCACAGGUUGGCCGUGGGCGUUUGUCAAAGACCGCGGUCCCGCCUCCAUUAUAUCGACCGAAUCGGCUCGAUGGCCCGGAUGGGCCCCUUGCUGGCGCCACGACGAUUUCCCAUAUAUUACCGUUACAGAGAUGGUAGACUUUGCUGCUGGCGUGCGGGUGGCCGCUCGCCAAUUCGCCAACGAAAAACACCUCUCGGUACACAUCCGAUCAGCGGCUGAUACUCAACCGGCUGCUGCAACUCCACCAGCCCAAACCUCACCCGAAAGUAAAGCGGCCUGCCUCCCCGAUAAGAUGUGGCCGAAACUUCUGGCGAAGGGACAUAUUGCUGCCAUGCGGCUCCUAAAUAUCGACACCUUCAAACUGGAGGAGUUCUUUUAUUCGGCCCCACCCACGUACGCCGUCUUGUCUCACACAUGGGGUAGUGAUGACGAGGAGGUUUCCUAUCGUGAUGUUCAGAACGGUCGGCUCAACUCGCCGGCGACGCGCCCUGCCAAGAUCACAGGCUGUUGCACGGUAGCCAAAGCAGAUGGACAUCAAUACGUCUGGGUCGACACCUGCUGCAUUGACAAAACCAACUCGGCGAUAACGGGAAUCCCCACCUUGUUCCUCCUGGGCAUGUCCCAUCCCUCUCAGGCCAGCGUCGCUCAGAGAAUGUCCUGGGCAGCAAACAGAGUGACGAAACGAACGGAGGACAUGGCGUAUUGCCUUCUCGGGAUCUUUGGCGUGUCGAUGCCCAUGAUCUACGGCGAAGGCAACAGAGCUUUCCGCCGGCUCCAGGAACAAGUCAUGAAGGAACUCGGCGACGACUCCAUCCUCGCUUGGGGACUUCAACCCGAUGGUUCACCGCCUGGAGAACCUGCCAAUGGCGCCAUCGGAGUUGCGCCCGUCACGACCGGCAAUUUCCAGCCCAUCGGACUGCCAUUAGUGCCGGCUCCGGGGGCCGCCGAACACACGUACCUCCGGGCGGGUGAUGCCCAAGCAAGUAGUCCAGUCGACCCUAUCUCGCCCCCUACUUUGCUACGGAUCCAGGUCGAUGACAGACGAAACGCAUCAUCCCAAGCCGGGCUGAAGAAGUUUUGGGUUCACAUCCAGAAUCCACUCCCUGAACUGGAGCUGAUCGACGUUUGGCCACAGUCUUGCUGGCACAAGGAGAGGUCUCUUGUUGAAAUGACAUCGGAUUCUAAUGAUGGGGCCUAUAGCCUACUGCUUCGGUUCCGGCAGGUGGGAGGGGAAACGGACGAUUUCAUCGCUGCGAUCGGCCCCAACGGGGGCGGCAUUUGUGGUCUCAUGGUUGUGUCGCGGUCAAUAUUACUGGAAGCUAUCUUUCGCGGAGGUCCGACCUGGUUUGACGCCGUCGGCGGCAUAACGGCGGCGGACAAUUCCUCUCUGUGCCUCGAAGUGAAGCUAGAGUCUGGUAGGUCUUCUACAAGCAAGCAGGGCUUUUCCCUGAGGCUCCAUCGGUCAAAUUCCACACCUAGCGUCACUGUCAAUCCCAUCACCAGGAUUUUGGCAGGUGAACUCGGCGGAUUCCUGGACCAUUUGGAUCAGGUUGAAGCAGAGCAAACAAGAACGGCAAAAGACCUCGAGCUUCAGCUGAAAGCCACGAAUCAUGAGCUAGCAUCUUCUCUCACGGAAAUGAAGCACAUCCGUUUGGAAAUUGAGCGUCUCAAGGCAAGAGAGCAUCAGCUAUCCGAAAACUGCACAACUCGAAGAGGCAAAGCAGGUCGCUAA